CAGCAGUGUAUGAGGUGCUGCGGCCGCUGCUUCCUCUUCCUCACAGAGAAGGAUCAGAGUGUGUUUCUCCUGUUAGAGUAACGCACAGUUUUUUUCUUAGCCUGAGACUCGGAGCUGCAUAUGGGAGACGGCUCGGAUUCAAAAAUGAGCAGUUUGAGGGCGUUUAAGGAACCAUUUGCAGACAUAACCACCUCUGAACCUGUGGAGGACACAGACACCACUAGCUUUGUGGCAGAAUUUUCCCUGGAGGCCAAUUAUCCAGUGCAGGUGACAGAUCCUAAUGCAGAUGCUGUGACACUCCACCUGAGCUCCAUGCCCUCUGGAUACCUGAGCCCCUCCUCCAACAGAAUACGACAGCCAGUUCAAGAUGUUGAAGAAUGCACCUGCCCAAUGUCUACGUCACCAGACUACCCCAAAGAACUGCAGUUACUCAACAGUCCCUGUGAAAAGUGCUGCUGCCCAGCACCUCCUCCCAAGAUCAGUGACCUCAUGAAUGACAAAGAUCUCCUGGACUUACUGCGCCUCAAGCUGGAUCCAAACCACUGCACCAUCAAAAACUGGAAGAACUUUGCAAGUCGCUGGGGGAUGAGCUACGAUGAACUGACCCUGCUGGAGCACCGGACCCAGGGCUCCUUGUACCACAGCCCGACCCAGGAGUUCCUGCUGCGCUACAACCAGAAGACGGUUACUGAGCUCACCGAACUUUGUCGCAUCUACCAGCGCAUUGAUGUGCUGCGACUGCUGCAGAGCUGGAUCGAGAAAGACUGGCCGUCACGCUGGCAAGAGACUCAUUAACCAGUUCGACACUGUACAUUUUUCUUUUGUCAGGGUUGCAUGUGUUAGAGAUUUUUUCUACUUCAUAAGCUUGGACACAUUUUAACAUUUUUAGCAAUAUUGACUUAAGCAAGAGAUCUUAUGAGAAAGAUAAAAAGUAUGAUAAACAACUGAAAACUUUCAGUAGAUAAUUCAGUUUAGCUGGGUGCCUGAUAUAGCACAGGACAGUAUAGUACUUGCAAGACUUACUACUGGUUAACAGCAUGGCAACAUUUUCAGCCCUGCAGAUGGCAUCACUCUAUAGUUAGCAAUGUUGUUUUGUCCAACAUCUGUUUCUUGUUCUGUUGGUUCUUCCACCCAUUGGUCCAAACUGAAACAUCUUAACAACUGUUAGACAGAUUGCCCUGAAAUGUUAUACAUACAUUCAGGAUUUUAAUUACCUAAAUUCUGCCUUUGGGGAUAAAUAAAAGUUUAUCUAUUAUUCAUGGUCCCCCAGAGCAUAAAUCCUGUGGUAAUCCACUGUCUUUAAGCACCAUCUGCAAGUCAAAGUUUUCAUUUGUUCAUUGAAAUAUCUCAACAUUUGCUGAAUGGAUUUUUACAAAUCCAUGUACAGACAUUCAUGGUUCUUAGAUGAUAUAUGACUUUUGUAACCCUCAGACACGUCCUCCAGUAGAAGCACAAGGUUUUCAUUUGAGUGAAUUUACUCAACAACAAUGCCUAUUGGAUAGCUUGCAAAGAAGUUUGGUGGAGACAUUUCUGUUCCCCUCGGGAUGAAUUGUGAUAAAGUUGGCGAUCCUGUAAUUUUUUUCUGUAGCGCUAUCAUCAGGUCAAAAUUUUCAAUUUGCACAAUACUUUGGUUUAUGACCAAAAUGCUCAAGAAUCGACAUACCAUAUGCCUCCGCUUAACUUUGUGUUCAGUGCUAAUUAGCAAAUGUUAGUAUUCUAACACGCCAAUGCACAAAAGGAAUGGCAGAGUAUUUACUUUUAAAUAUUUUGUUUAAGUUUUGGAAAUAGUACACAUAUUCGUACAAUGUAUACACCAUGUUAGCAGUAUGUAUGUUACAACUUAAAGAGUGGUUAUACCAUUGGCUGCAUCUCAUUCAGUCCCUCCAGGAUUUGACGGGCUGUUUUUAGGUUUGUUGUGGCCUGAAAUGCCCGAUUUCAGGGCAGCUUUUCUAAGAAAUUCCAGUGAUCCUUGCAACAUUUGUAGGCAUUUUCUGCAAUGAAAUGCAAUGUAAGCUGUUAAGAUAGAUGUGAUGCUGUUAUGGAUUCGGACCUAUUACAAUGAACAUUCCGUCUUUCCAAUAGAAUUAGAAUCUAUUUGUGAUGGUAUGGGGAUGGGUAGGGCAACAGUUGAUUGUAUGCAAUGAGCUGUUUCUGCCUUUUGCAGCACCAAAGAACCAUCUCUGUGAGCCACUCUCCUUCUGCCCCCUCUGCCCAGUUAGCACAAGCUAAUACAACAGCAGUGGCUAACAUCUGACACUGACCAUUUAUGGACCCAACAGUCCCACACUGACACAGAAACAGCUGGGCUUUAUCAUUAGUUUUGUUAAUAACCAUUGGGUAUCAUUAGCCAUGUGAUAGUAUUUAGUUAGCCCUGUCAUUGUGUGUCCCAGGCACAGAGCUCUGAUCCUGCAGCAGUAGUCUCAUUAUAAACAGUGAGGGAGAGAGCAGGGCAAAGAGGGUCUUAGCGAACCUGUACACUGCAUGGAGCUCUACAGUGAAAUGAGAUUUUACCCAUACCCAGUGAAUGGUUGAAUUUGGGUUCUUUUUUGCAAUCACGACAUUGCAACAUCCUGGAGGGACUGCUCAUGUACUGUUGUAAAGGCAGUGUAAUGGAGCUAUGAUGUGUGGACAACAGGUUGUUUGCAAAGGACGUCAUAUCACUGUAAAAAAAGAAUAACAUUAUUGAUGGCCUCCAUGUUGUUCUCUUGAUUGCUAACUUGUUUUCUGGCCCUGUCCAUGAAGUCAAAUGUGACUUGCAAGAAAAACAAACAAACAAACAAACAGAGAGUCAGACUCAUCUGCUGCAGGGCUGUUUACACGGCUCUGAUCUAUUGGGAAUGGGAAAGCAGCCAUGUUUGAAAAACCUACAUGCAGGUGCAUAUUUAGGCGGAACCAAAACAUUUAACAUCAACAUGCCAUUCCGUUUUUAUGUUUGAGGAAAGCACUUACAGAGUUUCGACCUGCUCUAUAUGAAAAGUGUAAUAACUUGUUAUGAUCGGAGAAUCAUAUGAGGAAAACUAACUAGAAUGAACUGAAUUAUAUUUAUGUUUUUUACUGUACCCAUUUCCACUAAAAUAAACACAUCAGGCUCUCUAAAAGCCUUAGUCAUGUCUAAAGUAAAACCUGACUGUCUAUUAAUUACAUGAACAGGUUUUUGCUUUUAAUUACAUUGUGAUCUGAUAUUCAUCAGUAACACCUAAACUGCACAGCUCUUUCAUUAUAGUUCAGAUAUAAACAUAUUUCUUUCAUAUUUGAUUGUAAUUUUCUUUUAAUCUGUUUGUGUUUCUUGAUUUUUGCAAUACUUGCUUUCAUUCCCAGUUUCAUUUUCUCUUUCUCUAUUUAUGUUAUGCACCAAACACCAGAGCAGAUUUCUUGUAUGUGCAAACCUACUCGGCAAUAAACUGAACUCUGAUUUUAAUUAUAUAGUGUUCAGUUGGUACACUUCUAAAUGGUUAAUAUCAAUUACUUUGAAACAUUGAUGACAUCACUUUUUUUCAUGUGUGUCUUUCAGACACCUUUCACAAGUAUUAAAUUCUUUGACACCUGAGCAAAGCGGGGUCAUUUCUGUCAGAAACAAAGGGGAAAAGGCAAUGAGUAACUUAUGAGGAAAUGCUCCACAAAUUUCAAGGAAAUACUGUAUUCCAUCCAUCCAUCCAUUUUCUACCACUUAUCCGGGGUCGGAUCGUGGGGGCAGUAGCCUAAGCAGGGAAGCCCAGACUUUCCUCUCCCUGGCCAUUUCGUCCAGCUCUUCCCGGGGUAUCCCAAGGUGUUCCUAGGCCAGCUGAGAGAAGUUGUCUUUUAGUGUGUCCUAGGUCUUCCCCAGGGUCUCCUACCGGUGGGACAUGCCCUGAACACCUCACCAGGGAGGCGUUCGGGAGGCAUCCUAAUUAGAUGC